AUGGAAAUCCACAUAGUGGAGGAAGACUCCCUCUCCUGUUACACCCCUUUUAUGGAUAAUAGUUUAUUCCCCUUGGGCUUUGAUAUCCGUGCAGAGACAGGUCCAGGACUUCUCUUCCUCCUGAGCCUUCUGGGAGCUAUGCACUGCCAAGCUCAUAUGUACUGGAGCAGUAGGAGCUUCAGUGACUUCAGUCAACUUCCCUUUGUAGAUGAUGGGUACCACUUUUAUCAUAAUGGCAUCUCUAGGGCCAGGAGAAGACGCAGUCUUCAGCACAAGCUUCAUUUGGAAAAAGACCCGAGGAUAAAGAAGGCUGUGCAGCAGGAAGGCUUUGGCAGAAAAAAGCGAGGCUACCGAGAGAUCAAUGAAAUUGACAUAAACAUGAAUGAUCCUUUAUUUACAAAGCAGUGGUACCUGAUCAAUACUGGUCAAGCAGAUGGGACCCCUGGACUUGAUCUAAAUGUGGCUGAAGCCUGGGAGCUGGGAUACACAGGGAAAGGAGUUACUAUAGGAAUUAUGGAUGAUGGAAUUGAUUAUCUUCAUCCUGAUCUUGCCUCAAAUUAUAAUGCCAAAGCCAGCUACGACUUCAGCAGUAACGAUCCCUACCCAUAUCCCCGCUACACAGAUGACUGGUUUAACAGUCAUGGAACCAGGUGUGCAGGGGAAGUGUCAGCUGCAGCAAACAAUAACAUCUGUGGAGUUGGCGUGGCAUACAACUCGAAGGUGGCAGGUAUCCGAAUGCUGGACCAGCCUUUUAUGACCGACAUUAUCGAAGCUUCCUCUAUCAGUCACAUGCCUCAAGUCAUAGAUAUAUAUAGCGCCAGCUGGGGGCCAACAGAUAACGGAAAGACUGUGGAUGGACCUAGAGAGUUGACUUUGCAAGCCAUGGCAGAUGGGGUGAACAAGGGCCGUGGCGGCAAGGGAAGCAUCUACGUCUGGGCCUCUGGAGAUGGAGGCAGCUACGAUGAUUGUAACUGUGAUGGCUAUGCAUCAAGCAUGUGGACUAUCUCCAUCAAUUCUGCCAUUAAUGAUGGCCGGACUGCUCUGUAUGAUGAAAGCUGCUCUUCGACCUUGGCUUCCACUUUCAGCAAUGGGAGGAAGAGAAAUCCUGAGGCUGGUGUGGCAACGACAGAUUUGUAUGGCAACUGUACCCUCCGUCAUUCUGGCACAUCUGCAGCUGCACCGGAGGCAGCUGGAGUGUUUGCAUUGGCACUAGAGGCUAACCUGGAUCUGACAUGGAGAGACAUGCAGCAUCUGACGGUACUCACCUCCAAAAGGAAUCAGCUGCAUGACGAAGUCCAUCAAUGGCGUAGAAAUGGGGUUGGUCUGGAAUUUAACCAUUUGUUUGGCUAUGGCGUCCUCGAUGCAGGAGCAAUGGUUAAAAUGGCGAAAGACUGGAAGACUGUUCCAGAGAGAUUCCACUGUGUUGGAGGAUCAAUACAAGAACCUGAAAAAAUACCAUCAAGUGGCAAGCUUGUUCUGUCACUCACAACCGAUGCUUGUGAGGGGAAAGAAAAUUUUGUCCGCUACCUGGAACAUGUGCAAGCAGUUAUAACAGUGAACUCUACUAGGCGAGGGGACCUCAACAUCAACAUGACAUCACCGAUGGGGACUAAAUCCAUUUUACUGAGCCGGCGGCCAAGAGAUGAUGACUCCAAGGUGGGUUUUGACAAAUGGCCUUUCAUGACAACACACACUUGGGGAGAAGACCCUAGAGGCACUUGGAUUCUGGAAAUUGGGUUUGUUGGGAGCGUGCCACAGAAAGGAGUACUGAAGGAAUGGACACUGAUGCUACAUGGGACACAAAGCGCACCCUAUAUAGACCAAAUAGUAAGAGAUUACCAGUCCAAACUGGCUAUGUCCAAGAAGGAAGAGCUUGAAGAAGAAUUAGAUGAAGCAGUAGAGAGAAGCCUGAAGAGUAUACUGAGCAAGAACUAGCAUUGGUCUCUGCAUGUUCAUCUCUUUCCUUUCCUAGAUCCUUCUACUCACCUUUCUACUAUCCAAACCUCUGUGUUAGACAUAUUGCAAUGAGUGUCUCCGUAGCCAGAUUAUCAUAUGCUAUUGAUUUUAAACUCUUAUAUCCUGUCAAUGAUUAUUUUAAUUACAACUGAAGCAAUCUUUUUUUACUCUAAGCCACAAAUACGCUGUCCCCUAUCAACUACUCUGUACAGUUUGUGACUGUAAAUGAUUUUGUGUCAUACAAAUAGGUAAUAACUUGCAAACAAAACCGUGAUGGCUUUUCCCUUCAUAUUUUUGUGGUAAAUGUUGUUUGUACUUAAAAAUCAAAGAGGGAGUACUUUUUAAAACAGGCAUUUAGUAGUAAUGGACCCAUUUGGUCAGCUUUCAUGAUAGAGAUGUUAUCAGUAUCAAGUUGGCUGGAGAUGCCUUUGAAUGACUAAUAGCCUGAUUCUGUGACAUUGAAUUCACUGAGAGUUUUCUCACUGGCUUCAGUAGGAAUAGAAAUAGACCCUAAAUGGAAAAAAGAAUCCAGAGAUUAAGAAAGAAGUCAACCUCCUCUCAGAAAUCAAUGCCUUUUGCAGUUUCUUUCACACAGAAACAUAUUUUUGACUUAGAGAUGAUUCACGUGUAUGUAAUAAGUGAGACACAAUGAUGUUCAAAAUGUCUGAUAAAGGACAUGCAUUGUGAAACAGGGUCCAAAUGUUCUAAAAGCACAACUAUUUUUUAAAAAAAUGUCAUAAUUCAAAACCGAUUUUUGCCAAAUCUGCACAUUGGGAACAACAUUUCAAUUGGUGAGCUACCCUUUUGCCAUGUGCAUCUGCUCUCCUUUAUACAGAAAUGUAUUAUAACAGCGUAAGGUAACGCUGUGUCAGCAUUCCCGCUACAGACCCUUACAUUCUGGUGUUAGUAAUGUGUUAUGGGCAAAACUUGGCAUAUGAACGUUGAGUCCAAAAGCCAUUUUUAAUUCAAAUUUCUUUAUAUUUUAAAAAUAGAGAUUAGAUCACUUUUGAGAUGUACCCAUUUAUUUAAGAAGAAAGGCUGCUUAGAUUGUUUUACGAUAUGUGCACAAUGCAAAGGUAGUUUUGACUAGCAAUAAAGAAUAAUAAAUUUGGGGAAAUUAGCCCAGAAAUCACUGUUGCUAUUUAAAGGACCUAGUCCUGCUAUCUCUUACACAUAUGAAUGUGCUCAGGAUCUGGUCCAAAGGAGUAAAUUAAAUCUCUCAGAGCCUGAUCCGUCUACUGCCAUUGACUUCAAUAGAGAUUACACACUGUGUCAAACACAACAGCCACAAGUGUUUGCAGGACUGGGACCUAGGAUAGGGACUAUGGGACCAAUCCUGCAAACACUUACGUACUUGCUUAACUUUAAGUACAUGAGUAAUUACACUGGCUUCAGCAGAACUCUGCCAUCCUAUAGUCAUGUGCAUAAUUAUUUGCAGGACUAAGGCCUAGAAUGCUGACAGUAACUAGAUUCAGAAUUUGAUUAUUUUCUAUUUUUAAUAUGCAGAAUAUACAUCUAAAAUGUGUGUUAUCAAGAGCUGUUUGGGGUAAUCAGUUGCAAACUAAAAUUAAAAUGAAUACAUAUUUAUCCGAUCAUUAAAAAUCUCUCCAACAGGUUUUGAAAUGCAUAGUUUCCCCCCAGAAUGUAUAUUUAGUCUAUUAUUUCAAGUUAAUAUUUGUCUUUUAACUUUCUAUAACAGGAUUUUUUCUUUUCCUUUCAAAUGCCAAAUUAUCUGCUUAAACUAUCUUUAAAUUAUGUGCUGAACCUCUCUAGUCUGGUACCUUUAGGACCUGACCUGCUGCUGAGCCAGAAAAUUUGCUGGACCAUGAGAGGUCAAUAUUGUCUGGAAGCAUUACAAAUACUUCCACUGCUAACUGGGCUCUUAGAUGACAUUUAGGAAUAAAUUAGAGCUAAAUAACAGCCCAGAACACCAAGAACCAGGACUGGUGACUGUAAACAAAAUUCAUGGGACCAUGAUAAGUGGAGAGCCGGCUAACUAAAAUAAUGCUGGACCACAGCGCCCCGGACUAGAGAAGUUCAACCUGUAUUAUAAGUCAAGUUAAGCAUGUAAGUAUUCAUAGGCUCUCCUUUCCCUUACACUGAUCUAACUAAGGAGUUACUCCAGUACAGAUAAGUUAUAUUUAGGUGUAAGUGAGAGGUGAAACAGGCCCUCAGGCUUUUAGUUUUAAAAAACCACCUAUAAAAGUGACUUUUAAAAGCAUGCUUUUGUAUAUUUGUUCAAAUAGAUGGAAAGUAUCAAAUAUAUUUUAUCUGGUGCCCCUAAAAUAACCCAAAGAACAGCAUGGCCUCAGAUACAUGCAUGUAGGCAAUAAGCCAGUGUUUAAACUAGAAUGUGGGUGUCUUUGGAACUGUGAAGAUGCCCAUUGUCUUUAGUGGGUUGUGAAUUGGGCCUGUGAUUCCCAGUAAUUAAUGGGAGUUGCACGUGUAUAUCUGAGGGAAGAAUUUGCCCCUAUUAUGUUUACAUAUGCAUUUGAUAACACACAAACAAAUGUGAUAUAUAGACUAUAUAUAGAGUAUGUAAUAUAUAUAUGCAAAUAUGCAUAAUAUAUAUUACAUAUAUUAUUGAAAAUAAUAAAUACAUAUACACUCAUGCACUAUAUUUAUGUGUAUGUAUUUACUAAAGAAACAAAUCAUUUAAACUUAUUGAAGAGAAUUCUAAAAUACAUGAAAAGUUCUUGGCUUAAGAAAUGUGGCAAUUUGAAAUGGAAGUGUACGUUAAUUCCUAUUGCAUCCAUGUAAUUUUGCAAUCUCUGUUUGAACAUUAAAUGUCUUAUAUAGCAGCAAAAUAACUAAAUGGGUGGUCAUAUUUUCAUAAUGUUGAUUUAACUUAUUAAGUGCAAGAUGACUGUAAGGGGUGAUUAACAGAAAUGAUGAGUUUUGAUAUACGUAUAUAUAAAACACGUGUAUAUACUAUAUAUAUAUAUAGCUAGACUUCAGACUCUUCAGAAUUUUUGCAUCAGGAUAAGCACAGAAAAAAGUCCAAUUAGAAUAAGUUUUUAUGGUAUUGCUGAUGCAAAAAUAAAGUUAAUUUAUUAGCAUUUAUAACAGAGGGGAACUAUCACAGUUCUUGAUUUAAAACAGGUGAAUGUUGUUAAAAUAUAUAAAGCCCUGUGAUGAUGUUUUAUAAUCUGAGUAAAAUAAAGAGAUGUUGUA